UUCACGGCAUGGUGCAACUCCCACCUCCGGAAGGCGGGGACACAGAUCGAGAACAUCGAGGAGGACUUCCGGGAUGGCUUGAAGCUCAUGCUGCUGCUGGAGGUCAUCUCAGGUGAGCGCUUGGCCAAGCCAGAGAGAGGCAAGAUGAGGGUGCACAAGAUCUCCAACGUCAACAAGGCCCUGGAUUUCAUAGCCAGCAAAGGGGUCAAACUGGUGUCCAUUGGGGCCGAAGAAAUCGUGGAUGGGAACGUGAAAAUGACCCUGGGCAUGAUCUGGACCAUCAUCCUUCGCUUUGCGAUCCAGGACAUCUCCGUUGAAGAGACUUCGGCCAAGGAAGGGCUGCUCUUGUGGUGUCAGAGAAAGACAGCCCCUUACAAAAAUGUCAACAUCCAGAACUUCCACAUAAGCUGGAAGGACGGCCUCGGCUUUUGUGCCUUGAUCCACCGACACCGGCCCGAGCUGAUUGACUACGGGAAGCUGCGGAAGGACGAUCCACUCACAAAUCUGAACACGGCCUUUGAUGUGGCAGAGAAGUACCUGGACAUCCCCAAGAUGCUGGAUGCUGAAGACAUCGUCGGCACAGCCCGGCCGGAUGAGAAAGCCAUCAUGACGUAUGUGUCCAGCUUCUACCAUGCCUUCUCUGGAGCCCAGAAGGCGGAGACCGCAGCCAAUCGUAUCUGCAAGGUGUUGGCCGUCAACCAGGAGAAUGAGCAGCUUAUGGAAGACUAUGAGAAGCUGGCCAGUGAUCUAUUGGAGUGGAUCCGCCGCACCAUUCCGUGGCUGGAGAACCGAGUGCCCGAGAACACCAUGCAGGCCAUGCAGCAGAAGCUGGAGGACUUCCGCGACUACCGGCGUCUGCACAAGCCACCCAAGGUGCAGGAGAAGUGCCAGCUGGAGAUCAACUUCAACACGCUGCAGACCAAGCUGCGGCUCAGCAACCGGCCUGCCUUCAUGCCUUCCGAGGGCAGGAUGGUCUCGGACAUCAACAACGCCUGGGGCUGCCUGGAGCAGGUGGAGAAGGGCUAUGAGGAGUGGCUGCUGAAUGAGAUCCGGAGGCUGGAGCGGCUUGACCACCUGGCGGAGAAGUUCCGGCAGAAGGCCUCCAUCCACGAGGCCUGGACUGAUGGCAAAGAGGCCAUGCUGCGGCAGAAGGAUUACGAGACAGCCACCCUCUCGGAGAUCAAGGCUCUGCUCAAGAAGCACGAGGCCUUCGAGAGUGACCUGGCCGCUCACCAGGACCGCGUGGAGCAGAUCGCUGCCAUCGCGCAGGAGCUCAAUGAGCUGGACUAUUACGACUCACCCAAUGUCAACGCCCGUUGCCAAAAGAUCUGUGACCAGUGGGACAAUCUGGGGGCCCUGACUCAGAAGCGGAGGGAGGCUCUGGAGCGGACAGAGAAACUGCUGGAGACCAUUGACCAGCUGUACUUGGAGUAUGCCAAGCGGGCUGCGCCCUUCAACAACUGGAUGGAGGGGGCCAUGGAAGACCUGCAGGACACCUUCAUUGUGCACACCAUCGAGGAGAUCCAGGGACUGACCACAGCCCAUGAGCAGUUCAAAGCCACCCUCCCCGAUGCCGACAAGGAGCGCCUGGCCAUCCUGGGCAUCCACAACGAGGUGUCCAAGAUUGUCCAGACCUAUCAUGUCAACAUGGCAGGCACCAACCCCUACACGACCAUCACACCUCAGGAGAUCAAUGGCAAAUGGGACCACGUGAGGCAACUGGUGCCACGCAGGGACCAGGCUUUGACCGAGGAGCAUGCCCGCCAGCAGCACAAUGAGAGGCUGCGCAAGCAGUUUGGGGCUCAGGCCAACGUCAUCGGGCCCUGGAUCCAGACCAAGAUGGAGGAGAUCGGGAGGAUCUCCAUUGAAAUGCACGGGACCUUGGAGGACCAGCUCAGCCACCUGCGGCAAUACGAGAAGAGCAUCGUCAACUACAAGCCAAAGAUCGACCAGCUGGAGGGCGACCACCAGCUCAUCCAGGAGGCGCUCAUCUUCGACAACAAGCACACCAACUAUACCAUGGAGCACAUCCGCGUGGGCUGGGAGCAGCUGCUCACCACCAUUGCCAGGACCAUCAACGAGGUGGAGAACCAGAUCCUGACCCGGGAUGCCAAAGGCAUCAGCCAGGAGCAGAUGAAUGAGUUCCGGGCCUCCUUUAACCACUUUGACCGGGACCACUCCGGCACACUGGGCCCUGAGGAGUUCAAAGCCUGCCUCAUCAGCUUGGGCUAUGAUAUUGGCAACGACCCCCAGAAGAAGACAGGCAUGAUGGACACGGAUGAUUUCCGCGCCUGCCUUAUCUCCAUGGGUUACAACAUGGGAGAGGCAGAAUUUGCCCGCAUCAUGAGCAUCGUGGACCCCAAUCGCCUGGGGGUAGUGACGUUCCAGGCCUUCAUUGACUUCAUGUCCCGAGAGACAGCUGACACAGAUACGGCAGACCAGGUCAUGGCUUCCUUCAAGAUCUUGGCUGGGGACAAGAACUACAUCACCGUGGACGAGCUACGCCGGGAGCUGCCGCCCGACCAGGCCGAGUACUGCAUCGCGCGAAUGGCUCCUUAUACCGGCCCCGACGCCGUGCCCGGUGCUCUGGACUACAUGUCCUUCUCCACGGCGCUGUACGGCGAGAGUGACCUCUAACCCGCCCGCCGGCCCUGCCGCCCUCCC